AUGCUUCGAUUUAGUUCGAGUAACUUAGUCCACCUCACUCAGAUACGGGCACUAGCCAGCUCCUCCGCUCGACUUUCAAGAUCCAAAUAUUAUAAUUCAGGAAAUAUCAAAAAGAAGUAUAAAUCUUAUUCCCGGAAGCCAUCAGAACCCAGUGAAAUAAUACUUCCAAAUAUUAGGAGUAAGCUUGAUUAUUUUAUUCAAACAGGUGAUACCGCUCCGUUUCCGUUUGCACGUAAUAAGUUAAAGAAAACGAGAUCUGGUGAGCCUAGAAAACAAAAAGUAAAUGUUAUUUAUGAACUUAAUUUAAAACAGAGAUUGCGGGAUCUUCGAAAUAAAUUUGAUUCAGGCAUGUUUAUAAAUCCGGAUGGUAGCUUCCUUGAUGUAUUUAAAAUCGGUUAUCAUGAUUUAAAACCAAAUAAUCCUAAAUCUAGAGUUAUAUUUGAUAAUAUUAUGAGGAUAAAGAAAGUUAGUAAAAUGUAUAUUGAUAGAGAUUUAAUAUUAUUAUUACUUGGAACGACUGAACAUCAACUUAAAGAUUCUUAUUAUAUUUCUAAAAACAUUUUACUGUUAUUAGAAUGGGAUAACGAUACUGAAAGAGCUUUAUUAUUGGCUAGAAAGGCCGAAAAAGCUGCUGCUAUUGUAGGAAUGAAUAUAAUCUUAAAAUGGCACUUUGAUAGAGGACAAAUUAAAGAAGCAAUUAGGAGUUUCUAUAAUAGAAGUAAAUGGGGAAUAGUUCCAAAUUCUCAAACUUAUAUUAUCUUAUUUGAUGGAUUAUCUAAGAAUCAUUCUUGGGGUAAUGCAACCGAUGGAUUAUGUGAAGAUAUGGUAAACCAAUUUGAUAAAUAUAGAGAACAGUAUUCUAAACCUCUUAAACAAACACAUAGAAAAAGUGUAGAAUUGUUUAAACAAAAUAGUUGUACAAUUAAUCACUUUAAUGCAUUGUUAGGAUUGUUACUUAAGAAUUUCAAUGAAGAUCAAAAAAUUGCAUGGGAAUUCUUUGAUAAAAUAAUUCCAGAUCCAGGUUCAACCUUGAUUCCUUUAAUUGCUGAUUGUCAAACAUAUACUAUUUUCAUUGAUGGUAUUCAGAAGUUUUCAAUGCAUAAGGCACAAGAAGUAGUUAAUUCUAAGAGUUUAAGUUCAAAUGAAAAGGAAAUUAAAUUAUUAGAAAUCCAAGCUAAAUUGAUUCAAGUAGCAGAACUUAUCUUAAAGAAAGUUUUAGUUGAUGCAACUCCUCCAGAACCUCCAACAAGGGAAGAAGCAAUUGAGAAUCCUGGAUUAUUAGCUGAAUAUAAACAUAAAAGUGGUAGAAUAUUAAUUGAUAUUGAACCUGUAUUUGUAAAUGUAUUUUUAGGAAGUUAUAUUAAUGCGAUAGGGAAUGGUACUUCUUUAAAUGGUGGAUGUCAUUACAUAUAUGUAAGACAAGGUUUAGAAUACUUGAGAUUUUGGUGUAAAGAAAUAGAUAGUAUUCUUGAUUGUGCAUCUAAAAAGAAUGAUAAAGAUUUGGAGUAUAUUACAAAGGCCAUUAAACCAAUAAUCAAUAAUACAAACAAUAGAGUAGAUAAAGCUAUUCAAGCUUUUGAAAACUCUAAUAAGAAAUUAGAUAAUGAUGUACCUAUUACUUCGAUUCUUCCAUCAUCAGUUUGUCCAGAACUUCCAAUUCGAGAUAAGGUGAAUCCUUUAGUUAAAUUCCCACCUCCCCUUGAUUCUAAAAACAAAACUAGAGCAACAUUCAGUGGAGUUGAAAAGAGACUUGUGGAUCUUUCUAGAAGAACUAGUGAAGAAGAGAGAAUGAUUGCUAAAGACAAGCUGUUUCUUUUAUCUAACGGGAAAUAUGGAAAUAAAAUGACAGAAGCUCAAAAGCAAAGUCUUUCUAUUAAGAGAAUUGGAAUUAAUAAAUUUAUUCUUCAACGCUUGGUGGAUGGAUUAUUUUAUUUGGGAAGAUAUCGAGAGGCUCAUACUUCGAUAUGGUAUAUUUUAUCUAAUUGGGGAGGAAUUUAUGUUCCUGAAAUUAAAUCUGGAUUAGAAUCAGUUUACAGUCCGAUUUACUUACCUAAAUUUACUAUGGAUAAGAAAGAAAUGGAAGAAGUUAAGUCUAUAAAGAGAAUCCCUGCUCCAUAUAAUAAAGAUGUUGUGGAUAUUAUUUCUAUAGAGAACUUUAUCUAUAAGAUAAAUGAGAAUGUUAAAACAGGAGGAAUUGCAUCUACUAGUUUAGUAACUGAAAUAUUUGGAGCAUUAGUAUCACCUGUUACAAAUGUUAAUAAAUAUAUUUAUCCUAGAUUUAAAACUAUUGAUGCUAUGUUCUCAUGUUUUAUGAAGGAUCUCUUCUAUUAUGGUGAUUAUAAUUAUAAUAAUUCACUUAAAGAGAAUAAUAAUAAUGCAUCUUCCAGUACAACAGGCAACAAGACUAUUCACAAAUCAAUUACUAAAGAUCAAUUAACAACCUAUUUAAAGGCAUUAAAUUCAUUCAUGAAUUCAUUAUUGGUAUUUAGAAAUAAUAAUGAUAAGAAUCGAUUAUUACAAACAUCUGAUAUUGAAUCCUACAAUAGAAUAAUUGAACGGAUAUAUGAAAGUGAAUGGCUUAAUACAACUAAAGAAGAUUUUGAAAUUCAUAAACUAAUAUUACAAUCCGGUAUAUUAUUCUAUAAACCAAAAGCCCUUCGCAAAAUUGGAGGUGAAGAUUACAAAUCAUCGGAUAUCGGUACUUCUAUUAAUUUUGUAUAUAGUCAUAUCAAAAAUCAUGAGGACUUACAUAAAAGUGAAUUGGGCUUGCUUCGGGCUCUUGUGCCUUUAUUAAAAAUUAGGAAUUACAGAGAUAAUGACAAAUUAGAAGAGAUAGUUAGUAACAUCUACCAUAAAGUUGCAAAGUCCUGUACAUAG